UCUCCACAUGUUCAGAGAAGCACAUGGACUGAGGAUUUCUGCUCAAUAAUCAUGGCAACAUCGAUACACGAGACAGUCCUCGUAGGAAUAUGUGAUGGAGCUAUUGACAAGAAGAUAAACACAUCUUAUUGCACAAACAAAAUCGGAGAUAGACCGGACCUGCUUCCAAUAAUCACUCUCCAGUAUCCCAUAUGCCGUCUGUGUCAAAGAGGCCUGUCUCAUGUUGUGCAAGUCUACUGCCCCCUUGCGGCGUCUCCGUACCACAGAACCAUCAAUGUAUUUGCCUGCACCAAUCCACAGUGCUGUGGCAAAUCCGAAAGUUGGAUCGUCCUGCGCUCUCAGUGCUUGGAUGAUGACAUCAAAGGAAACCAAGACAACAAAACCACAACAUGUACAGAAUCUGCAAUGUCCAGAACAGACUGGUGUGAUGAAGCUGAUGAUUGGGGGAUGGACGAUGAAGAGCAAGCGAAUGUGGCUGAAAGUGGUGUACAACUGCCAAAUGACGGUGUUUGUGAAGGAACUGAUGUCAGCAGCAAAUUUCAGGACCUGUGCAUUGAUGGAGGUGUGGAUCAGCAAAGUACCAUCCAACCCACCGAUGUGCCCAUUUUCCAGUCAUUCUACAUAAGUGUUAUGGAGGAAACAGACUUGGAUGGAUUUCAUGAUACGGAUCAUGAAAACAAACUGCUUAGAGAGUAUGAGGAAAGGGAAGGAGUGAUUGUUGGAGAGACUCAAAGUUGUGCAAGUGGGGAAGCUCAGGAGGAAUAUGAGAAGGCCACAGUCAAGCAUGGAGAUGAAGUGUUCACCAGUUUCAUGAAGAAAAUAUCUCUUUGUCCUGAACAAGUGUUACGAUACAGUUGGAGUGGAUCACCUCUAUUUAUAACAGAGCCGCCUUCCAAUGUUAAUCAGAUGGUGCCAUUCUGUGGUCACUGCAGCAGCCCGAGAGUUUUCGAAUUUCAGCUCAUGCCUGCAUUGGUCAGUUUACUCAGUAGUGCAGGCACAAAUUUAGACAUUUCACUGGAGUUCGGAACAGUUCUGGUGUACACUUGCAGAAACAGUUGUUGGAAAUCUGGAUCAAUGGUUCCAGUGGAAGAAUUUCUUUUUGUCCAGCCCGAUCCUGACCAAAAGCUCUUCAAAUGAUAUUGUUUAUCAUCAAUAAAGAUAAUUUAUUAAUAGCC